AUGAUGUCGACAUCAAUCGACCCUCAUAAUAAUAGUAAUGGACGAUCAUUGAGAAUUGUUUCAACAAAUCGACUCUUUACCAAAGUCAGAACUGAACAACCAACUGAUUCAAUAUUACCAUCAAUAAUGGAUGCAACAAGUUUAUUUUCUGAUCAUCAUCAUCAUCUUGAUGUAUUUCCAAAAGAUGAACCAAUACUUGAUGAAACAACAAUAAUAACAUCAUCAUCAUCAUCAUCACCGCCAUCAUUUGUUGAUUUUCAUCAAAAUUUAUCAACAUCAACAUCAACAUUAUCAUCACCAACAUCAUUUUCACCAUUACAACAUGAUCAUAGUUAUGGUAUAUCAACAAAUUCUUCUUCAUUACUUUCAUCACCUGAUACAUUAACAACAUCAGAUUUAAAUAUUCAAAAUUCAACAAAUACAAAUACAAAUUCAAAAUCUUCUGUUAUUGUUACAUGGCCACAAAUAAAUUGUCGAGCUUUACGACCAGAUGAUUACCAUAUGUUACUUGAAUUAUUAUCAUCAAAUACAAAUACUGAUUCACCACCAAUUUUUUUUGGUUCAGCACUUAUUGAUCCAACAACACCAACACCAUAUUCAGAUGCAACACGUACACAACCAAAAAAACGUGUACGUCCUGGUCAUGUUAAACGACCAAUGAAUGCAUUUAUGGUUUUUUCACAAAUUGAACGUAGAAAAAUGGUUCAAUUAGCACCACAUCUACCGAAUGCUGAUAUAAGCAAAUGUUGUGGAGCAAAAUGGAAACGAAUGUCAUUACGUGAACGACAACCAUAUAUGGAAGAAUCGGAACGAUUAAAACAUCUUCAUGCACGACAAUAUCCUACAUAUAAAUAUCAGCCACGAAAACGAUGCAAGACUAAUCAAACAACAAAUGUAGCUUCACAUCCGCCUUCAACUACUGCUUCAUCAUCAUCAUCAUCACCACCACCGCCAUCAAAUAGAAUGACAACAAUUCCUUCACAAAUCUCAAUUGCUACUAAAGAACAACCACAAACACCACCACCAUCACUACCACAAUCAUCAUCAUCCUCAUCAUCGACAUCAAAUCCAAAUGAUCCAAUAUCACUAUUAGUAGCAACAUUAUUCGAUCAAAAAUUAGCAAUGUUUGCUAGUAAUCUUCAACAAUUUAAUAUUGAUCAUCUUCAAUAUCAUUUUACACCACCAAAUACUCAACUUUAUCCAACACCAACACCAAUGCCUUUUGAUCCUGUGGCUUUUCUUGCUAAACAACAACAACAUCGACUUAUUUAA